AUGCGUGUUCGCGCGAUCAGCGGUGUCGUUCAGCGAAACGAUAUGAGCGAUUCCAUGUCGCCGUUCGGUAUUUUCACCGACGAUAAUAUCGUUAAUCAACGUUAUUACAGAAGAGAUUCACGACAACAAGGACAUCGGCUAACGAAUCGCCUGGCUUUAGCAAAUUACAUUGACAGCAGCAUAGAAGUCGAGCAAUUCGAGGACAUAACAAGUGAACCCGAUGCACCUGUGAAACAACAAGACCUUGUGAAAUCACCUACGGCGCUGUUGCCUCCACCUCAGCUCUCCGCUGUGGCUGAGGACAUUACAGCUUUUUCAAACGAUUCCUUUGAAAACAGUACAGACGCAGCAGCGACGUCGAACCUUCCACGCUACACAGUUCUCUCUGUUGCUGACCUGCUCAAUGCUACCGACUAUGAUAACGUUACCGCUAUGGAAUCGGCAGAAGUCAAAGAGCAGACUGUAGCUCCUGUUACUGUAGCUCCUACUACACCAGUGCCUUUACACACCAAAUUAUUCAACGAAGUAAUGACGUACGUUCCUCCGACUGAACCACCAAUAUACUUUACGUUGGUGAACGCACGAAGCACUACUCGUGGUCCUUUGUACCGCAAUCUCAAAUACGGAGAAGUGGUGCGUAAAGCAAAGCCGUAUAAAAAGCUCAAUUUGAAGGCUCCGAAGGGGAUAAGUAAGAAGUCAAAGAGGUUUGACUUAGCGAAAGCACUGUUCCGCCUCCAAGGUAACCGGAGAUUGGUAUCCCGUGAUAUUGGUCCACCUGGCAGAAAAGUUCCGCUCCCACAUGGAUGGCGAGUGACUCAACUCCGAAACGGAUAG